UAGCCAUAUUGAAUCUCAAAAUUUGGACCCAGUUCUGAUUGGUCUAGAGUAUGGUCUACUGCGCAUCUGGUUACUUGUUUCACCUUUCUUCUUACAUCAUGUGUGAUCAUAAUUUCUUCCACCAUGCGUGUGAUGUGUAGUAAUAAUCUCUUUGGUGAUGUGCGCACGUUUAUUUAUUCGCUGUUUUCUGAUAUCAGUAACUGGUAAAUGUUACUGAAUGUUACGUGUGAUGAGUAACGAUACACAAGAUCCUUACUGUUUGAUUAAAAAAGUAAAAAGCCAAACAUGCCAACUUGUUGCAUACUUGGAUGCGGUAAUCGCAACAUAAAAGGUUCCAAAAUUUUCAUGGCUCGUUUUCCAAGUGAUCCGGAAAAAAAGAAAUUAUGGAUUUCUAAUAUAGGCAGAACUAAUUGGGAACCAAAAAUUAAUUCAGCUGUAUGUGAGAAACAUUUUGCAAGUGAAAUGUGGGAAAAAAUACGAGUUGACGGAAAGAAAAAAUUGAAGUUAAACGCUAUAUCUACAAUUUUUUCUCCUCGGGAAAAAAGUGGAACAUAUAUUACUACAACGGAUCAAACUAAUAAAUCUUUGCAAACACAACCUAUAUUUGGAACAUUCCAUACAGACAAUAAUGAGGAAAAAAAUAAUGAGUCUCUUGGAUCAGUUACUUCAAAUAAUUUGAAAGAAUCAAUUACUUUUCACUCACCGGAACGAUCGAAUUCUUAUGAUUAUUUUACUUAUACUUCAGAAAAAAAGUACAACGAUGUAUUUAAUAAAGUUAAAUGUUUAGAGGAACAACUACGAGAAAUAAAUAAAAAACUUGAUUUAGCCAACAAAAUUAUUUUGAAAAGUAAUAAAUCUAAUAAUGUGUUAAAAAAACACAAUAAAAGAUUAACUAUAAUGAAGAACAACUUAAAACAUCACGUAAGCUUGGAAUCAGCAUUAAAGAAGAUAUUCAAUGAUGACCAACUAGAAGCUCUCACGCGUCGAUCCACACAACGCCACAUGUGGUCUAACGACACUAUUAAAAAAGCGCUCCGAUUAAAGUUUUCCUGCGGUUCUAAUGGUUAUCAAUAACUACUGAAGGAAAAAAUGCCUCUACCGUCCGAACGUACACUUCGAAGAAAAUUGGAAGGUAUCAACUUUGAAGAAGGGAUUUCCAACGAUGUUUUUAAAUUGUUAGAAGACAAAGUUGCUUUAUUUAAAGAUAGUAGGGAAAGAGAUUGUAUGCUUGCAUUAGACGAAAUGAGCAUUACACCGGGAGAACAAUUAGACUCAGCAACACAGUCAUAUUGUGGAAUUGCGUCUUUUUGCACACGUACUGGUAAUAAUACUUCUCCACGUUUUUUCUCUUCUUUUUGUGACAAAUUUUAAAAACUACUAUACUAAUUGUCUUAUAUUUCAAGUUGUUUCAAAAUUUCUUUUUUUUUUUAUCUUAUUCUUUUCAAGGUAGAAAAACUUUUUGUUUGUCUAACUUUUAAUGUAAAUCUUUUAGACUAAAUCAAGUUAAAAUUAUUAGCUUGUUAACUUUAUCUAACUUUUAAUUGUUUAAUUAAUUUAAGUUAUUAUACAACCUUGAUUCUUUUGGUUUUUUCUAUAUAAUUUUUCCUCUUUCUGUUUCUUGCUUUAUAUAGGAGAAAGUGCGGAUGCUACGCAUGCUUUAAUUUUUAUAUUAGCUGGUAUUUUUUCACGUUGAAAACAAAUUAUUGCUUUUUAUUUAACACCUGAUAGUUACGAUGGAGCAUUGUUACACUCUAUCGUACUUGAAAUUAUUCAUAAAGCUGAAAACAUUGGACUUUAUGUACAUAGUGUUACAAACGACAUGGGUUCGAAUAAUUUAGCGAUAUGGCAUCAGUUUCUUGUUGGUUUUGUUGGACGCAAUUCAACAAUAACAAACUCAAUAACUCAUCCUGUUGACAAAAAUCGUAAGCUUUGGUUUAUCGCUGACUCUGGUCAUCUAUUGAAAAAUUUAAAAUUCUGCUUGCUUAAUAACAAAACUAUUACCUUGCCUUCAAAAUUCAUUAAUGAAAAUAAACUAUUAUCCUCUGUAGUUAAUAGUUUGCAUUUAAAAGAACUUGCUGAAUUUCAAAACAAUUUGCAAUUAAAAUUAGCACCGAAAAUAAAAGUAGACGAUUUCUCAAGUGGUACUUUUAAUAAAAUGAAAGUCAACAAAGCUAAAAAUUUUUUAUCUCGCGAUGUUAGUGCUAGUCUAAAUUUUCUCGGGAUCCAAAAAUCUAAAAAAGAAUAUUGGACGACAGCCUUGUUCAUUGAACACAUUUCAAAGUGGUUUACGUUAGUAACCUCAGGAACUCAAAAAAUCGCAUUGGGGCAAACUCCAGGUGAUAAAUUUUCGAAAAAAAAAUUUGAACAAUCUGUUGCAUUUUUAGAGUCUAUUAUACAAUUUUUCCAAGAAAUGAUAAUUGGUAAAGGUACGCAAUUUAAACCCGUGCAACGUGGAGUUAUUAUUAGUACUAAAUCUAUCAUCGAAAUGUCGAUGUAUUUAAUUAAUGAAAAAGGCGAUCUGUAUGUAUUAGCAGGUCGAUUAACAUCCGAUUGUGUCGAAAAUAUAUUUUGCUCUGUUAGAGCUAAACAACCUAGCCCAAACGCCUUACAAUUUAAACAAAGUUUGAAAAUCAUCGCGGUAUCAGAAUAUUUAAAGCCAGUAGGUAACUCUAGUUAUGAAGAAGAUGACAGAAUAAUUGCUGGUAAUUUGUUGAUUAAACCCAAAGUAAAAGAAAUGAAAAAAGUUGUGCUACCUGUUCCUCAUGUUUUAGCAAAAGAAAUAAAUUUAGGAGUCAUUGAACUUAAUAUAUUAUACAAUAUUGCCGGAUAUAUUCUUUCUCGGAUUUCAAAAUAUAAUAUUUCAUGUGAAGUGUGUUUAAAUUCCGCU